AAUGACACUGUUACUGGGGCCCCCAGGAUGUGGAAAAACCACUUUCCUUCUUGCUCUUGCAGGGAAACUAGAUAAAUCCCUCCAGGUUACAGGGGAGGUUUCUUACAAUGGCUACAAACUGAGGGAAUUUGUUCCUGAGAAAACAUCUUCAUAUAUCAGCCAGCAUGAUUUGCACAUUCCUGAGAUGACUGUCAGAGAGACACUCAACUUUUCAACAUGGUUUCAGGGUGUUGGCAGCAGGGCAGAAAUCUUGAAGGAAGUUGUUAAAAGAGAGAAACAACAAGGGAUUAUCCCUGAUCCAGAGAUUGAGCAAUUUAUGAAGGCGGCAACAUCUGUGAAAGGACUAGAAACAAGUAUUCAGACUGAUUAUGUGAUGAAGAUCAUGGGAAUGGAUGUGUGUGCAGAUAUAAUGGUUGGGGAUGCAAUGAGAAGAGGUAUAUCUGGUGGUCAGAAGAAAAGACUGACCACAGCAGAGGUGAUUGUUGGACCAACAAAAGCUCUCUUCAUGGAUGAAAUCUCAACUGGAUUAGAUAGCUCCACCACAUUCCAGAUUGUCACUUGCCUACAACAAAUGGCUCACAUUACCGAAGCUACUAUUGUCAUAUCCCUCCUCCAACCUGCACCUGAAACAUAUGAUCUCUUUGAUGACAUUAUUUUGAUGGCUGAAGGUAAGAUUGUUUACCAGGGGCCACGAGAGCAAGUUCUUCUUUUUUUUGAAGAAUGCGGUUUCAGAUGUCCAGAAAGAAAAGGAGAAGCUGAUUUUCUCCAAGAGGUUCUGUCCAGAAGGGAUCAAGAACAGUACUGGUCUCGUCCUCAAGAAAUCUAUUGUUAUGUUUCAGCUGAUGAUUUCUGCAAGAAAUUUAAAUCAUUUCUAGUAGGAAAAAAGUUGGAGGAGGAGCUAUCAAAAUCAUAUGAGAAGCCACAAUGCCCUGAAAAUGCCCUCUCAUUCAAUCAAUAUUCUCUCUCUAAAUGGCAACUGUUUAGAAUUUGCACGGCAAAGGAGUUACUUCACAUGAAGAGGAAUUCACUUCUUUACAUGUUCAAAAUCUUUCAGUUUGCCAGUGUGGCUACCAUCAGUAUGUCCGUCUUUAUUCGGUCAGGCAAGAGGCUUGAUGUUGAGCAUGCUAAUUACUGUAUGAGUUUCCUAUUUUUAUCCCUUACCUUACAUAUGGCCAAUGGGUUUCCAGAGGUAGCCAUGGCAGUGUCAAGGCUUCCAUGUUUUUACAAACAAAGAGAUUUCCGUUUCUAUCCAGCAUGGGCAUAUGCCAUUCCAGCUGCCAUUUCAAAAGUUCCAAUAUCAUUGAUAGAAUCAUUGAUUUGGACAUCAGUGACUUACUAUGGUAUUGGUUUUAGUCCUGAAGCAAUUAGGUAUUUUCGUCAAUUCCUCCUCCUCUUUGUUACUCAUCAAAUGGCUAUAUCCCUAUACCGGUUUUUGUCUUCCUAUUACCAGAAUUUAGUGACUUCCACCUUGAUUGCUUUUCUAAUGUUUGUGGCAAUGUUAAUAACUGGAGGCUUUAUUCUUCCUAAAUCCUCCAUACCCGGUUGGCUGAAAUGGGCUUUUUGGGUGUCUCCAUUGACAUAUACAGAGAUAGGAUUGACAGUUAAUGAGUUCCUUGCACCACGAUGGCAAAAGUUGUCAUCAGGAAACAUAACAGUUGGUGACAUUGUUUUGAGUAACCAUGGAUUGGAGUUCAAGGGACACUUUUACUGGGUAUCAGUGGGGACAUUGCUUGGAUUUAUUUUGCUUUUCAAUUUGGGAUUCAUUUUGGCUUUAACCUUCAGAAGACCUGUCGGGAAGUCUCAUGCUAUUAUCUCUCGUGAGAAGCUUUCUCAGAUAAAUGGCCACAAUGAUGUUCACAAUGCAGCCACCACAUUUACUGCAAAUGCCAAGGAGACAAAAAAUAAAGGAAGGACGAUGGUCUUGCCUUUCCAACCCCUUGCAAUGACAUUUCAGGAAAUCUGUUAUUAUGUUGAUACACCUCUGCAAAUGAGAGAACAGGGAUAUAAAGAGAAUAAGCUCCAGCUGCUGCAUGGCAUCACUGGAGCAUUCAGACCUGGUAUUCUUUCAGUUUUGAUGGGUGUGAGUGGAGCAGGGAAAACUACACUGCUAGAUGUUCUUUCUGGAAGGAAAACAGCUGGUUUCAUUGAAGGGGAUAUUAAAAUAGGUGGAUAUCCUAAAGCACAAGAAACCUUCGCUAGAAUUUCAGGUUACUGUGAACAGACAGACAUACAUUCUCCUCAAAUUACUGUAGAAGAAUCAGUUAUCUUUUCAGCUUGGCUUCGUCUGCCAAAAGACAUUGACUCGAAGACAAGAUCUGAAUUUGUGAAUGAGGUUCUUGAAACAAUUGAACUUGACAGUAUCAGAGAUGCAUUAGUAGGUAGACAAGGGGUGAAUGGCCUCUCUACCGAGCAAAGGAAACGGCUAACUAUUGCUGUUGAGCUUGUAGCGAAUCCUUCAAUUUUAUUUAUGGAUGAACCAACAUCAGGACUCGAUGCUAGGGCAGCUGCAAUUGUCAUGCGUGCUGUGAAAAAUGUUGCUGAAACUGGAAGGACCGUUGUUUGCACCAUCCAUCAACCCAGCAUUGACAUAUUUGAAGCAUUUGAUGAGCUGAUGCUAAUGAAAAAGGGAGGAGAGCUCAUAUAUUCUGGACCACUUGGUCAGCAUUCAAGUAAAGUUAUUGAAUAUUUUGAGAGAGUUCCUGGAGUUCCAAAAAUCAAAGAGAAUUGCAACCCCGCAACAUGGAUGUUGGAAGUUACUUCACCAUCUGUUGAAGCACAACUUGGUUUAAAUUUUGCACAAAUCUACAGAGAGUCUACUUUAUACAAUGGUAACAAAAUUCUAGCUAAACAGUUAAGCAUACCAGCACCAGGUUCAAGAGACUUGCAUUUUUCUUCUCUUUUUCCACAAAAUGGCUGGGGCCAAUUCAGAGCUUGUUUGUGGAAGCAUUACUUGUCCAACUGGAGAAAUCCUUCUUAUAACUGUGCGCGGCUGAUAUAUAUUCUCUUCACCUCUGUUUUUUGUGCGGCAUUGUUCUGGAAGCAAGGACAGACAUUAAACAAUCAGCAAAACUUGUUCAGCAUCCUUGGCUCAAUGUUCAUUUCAGUAAUGUUCACUGGUAUCAUCAACUGCAUGCUUGUGAUGCCUUCUGUGGUAACUGAACGGGAGGUUCUUUGCCGUGAAAAAUAUGCAGGAAUGUAUUCUUCAUGGGCAAAUUCACUUGCACAGGUAGUUAUUGAGAUCCCUUGUGUAUUCAUCCAAACGGCAGUGUACACAAUCGUCGUGUACCCGACUGUGGGAUACUGCUGGUCAGCUUACAAAUUCUUAUGGUUCUUCUACGCCAUGUUGUCCAUAUGGCUCAGCUUCGUCUACCUUGGAAUGCUUGUUGUUUCAUUGAGUCCUAAUAUUCAAGUGGCCUCCAUAGUCUCAUCUUUCUUCUUUCAAACUUUCAAUGUCUUCUCUGGUUUCAUAAUUCCGGGCCCACAUAUUCCAAAAUGGUGGAUUUGGUUUUACUACAUGACACCUGUGUCUUGGGCAUUGAAUGGCCUUCUCACUUCACAAUAUGGAGAUAUUCAGGAGAAGAUACAAGUGUUUGGAGAAACCAAAACAGUGGCCCUUUUUCUCCAACAUUACUUUGGAUAUCACCUUGACCAACUUGGACUGGUGGCCUUGCUUCUUCUUGUCUUCCCUUUGAUGUUCGCUUCUCUUUUUGCUUGUUUUAUCGAGAAACUCAACUUCCAGAGGAGAUGAUGACCUAAUAAUUUAUUUCUUUUCUUUUUGC